CAAAAAUGAAAAAUUGACAGAACUUAAUUCAAUCAGGGAUGCUCUCUAUGAAGAACGUAUGAAAGAACUGGAAAAAAACAAAAAAGCAAAAAUACAAGAAAAUUCCGGUGUUAUUGACAUGCUUAAUAAACAACUUGGUGUAGCAAAAGAGGAAAGAAAAAAGUACCAAGACCAGAAUGGUCACUUAAGGAAUGAGCUUGAAAGACUCACAAGUCAGCAUGAGCAGAUGAUGAAAGAGUAUGAUGUUUUUUUUAAUUCAUUCAAAGGAAAAUUGGAAGAAAAUAAGAUGAGAAACUAUAGCAGUACUGCUGAGAUUGAAAGCUACAAAGGAAAAAUGGAUGACCUGGCAACCCACUUUGCAGCUGCACAAGAAGCUUGUUUGAAAAAAGAAGUUGUGAUCAAAGAUUUAGAGAGAAGAUUGAGAACAGCUGAAGUGCAAAAUAAUGAAGAACUACCUGUUCUUAAACAGCAGAUGGAAGUUUACUUCAACUUUUUUUAGGCUGAACGCGAAGCCCGAGAACGGCAGCACGCAGAUCUCCUCAACCUCCAAGAGCAAAACCAACGACUAGUGGAUGCAAAUAGAGGCUUACAGAGAGAACUAGACUUUUUUUAGAACAACCAUCAAAUGGCCGAAAUGCAGCGAAGACACCUGAGCCAU